UAUCGACAAAGAAAAAUAAAGUUUUCACAGUGCCUGUAACCAACGUUAGCCCUUGGAAUAAGAUUUGUAACGUCUGUUUCAGACGUCAUCCCGCAAAACCGUCCGCCGCCGAAAGCGAAACAGAAAAGCCAUCAUUCGUCGACGAGAGGGCAAAGAUCUGCACCAGCAAUAAAACCCCCGUUAGACGAAAUACGGUGAGCAGUAAACGUAGAAGCAUACAAAAGAUGUCGAUGGAAGUUGAUACCGGUUACGUGGUGAACGACUCCAGCUCGCUGCUUCCGGGCGGUGGCUUCACCAAAGCCUACUCCAACAAUUUGCCGAGCGUCGGAAGCGAAAUGCUUUGGAACUACGUGGUCAACUUGAUGCGGUCGGCCAGCGAGAAUCCGGAUCUGGUCAAGAUUCUGCAAACAAUUGGAUCCAGCAAACCGGAUUUCAACGACGACUCAAUCUGUUACGUCCACCUGAAGCGGGAUGAUCGAGUUUGUGUGGUGAAAGGUCAGCUCACCGUAGGAUCCGACGGUGGCGAGGUCAAAAUCUAUCAAUUGACCGCAACGGUGGAUGAGAGCGAGGACCGGGUUUUGUCGGUGGAAUGUAGCGAAUGUAUGGAAACCGGAGACUGUCGACAUGCGAUCAGCUUUCUCACUUGGUUGCACAGAAAGAGCGAAGGGGACGAGAGUAGUGAAGUGGUGUGCUAUUUCCGAGGUCCACUCUCGGCCGAACUCGAAAGCAUUCCUCCGAAACCACCACUGAAUAAGACAAAAGCGAAGAAUUUCAUCCGGGAAAUUGUACGCAUUCUACAGACUGAAGACAUUGAUUGUCCCCUGAGGUGGAACUUCCCCGGCCCACACAAAAAGUUUAGCAAUCUGUCUAUUCACGAAAUGAUCUUGAUGGCCGUGAAGAACAAAUUUGACACAGCUCAGUUCUUCGAGGCUGCCCAUCAGAUCAUUACGGCGUCGCAAAGCGCCCUAGCAGAUAAGACUAAAUUCACUCCAAAAUGCAAUCCGUGGUACCUAGAGUUGCGCUAUGCCCGCAUCACCAGUGCCAAAGUGUCUGACUGCAUCAAUCUGAACGUAACCCAAUCGGUCCUGUACGAAACCAUCCUCGGCUGUCACAAAGAAAUCGAUCCGAACAUCCAGCGGAAAAAGCUUGCCGUUCGUCAGAGACUGGAAAAGUACACCAAAACCAAGUACGAAAACUGUAAAAUCACACUAAACCCAAACUAUCCCAUAAUCUUCGAUGUCCCGGACGGUAUUUGCCAAUCGCACGUCAUUGAAAUCAAGUGCCCCAAGACGCGCGAUCACAUGCAAAAGUACGUCACGGAGAAUGGCUCCAUCUGCGAGAAGUACUACAUGGAGAUCCAGAUCCACAUGUACAUGCAGGGCAAAACGGCCGGAGUGGUCUGCGUGGCCGAUCCGGAUUUUGAGAACAACAACGAAAUCUACAUGCACUCGUUCAACCUGAACCGGAACUUUGCCGUCAACAAGCUGAACAAGGCGAUGGACUACUGGAAGAACAUUGUGUACCCGGAACUGAUCAACAGCUGGACGGAAUAGGAGUCACAACCGAGAUAACAAGUUGGAAUAGUGAGGCAAUUUCUUUCAAUAUAGAUAAGCUACAUUUUAGUCGACAAAAAUACUGUAUAACUCUUCGAUGAUUGAUCGCGAUGACCUUCGGUUUUGUCUUUCUUCUACAGAACACACGCUCCUUUAGUUUGAUA